CCGAAAAAGACAUGUGUACUAUGUACUAUGAUGUAGUGGUAAACCCAAGGACUCCAACUUGCACUAUAUAAGACAGUCAUGCACCCUAAGCAGUCUUCUCCCCCAUCAGCUUACAACCCAUGGCUUUCACUUGCUCAGAUAUCAUUAAAAUCAUUUUCGCCGUGAUCCUUCCACCUCUAGGUGUUUUCCUCGAACGAGGAUGUGGUGCCGAUUUCCUCAUUAACAUCCUGUUGACUAUCCUAGCUUACAUUCCGGGUAUCAUACAUGCCCUCUACAUUAUACUCAAGUAUUAGUCGAGGCAAUCUCAUCAUCCGUACGGGCACGACUCCACUUUUUCAUGCAACCCCAGAUUCGCAGCCGCCCCCGUCUCGACUAGUAAUUUACGGAUGAACCUUUCCUUAUAGUCUUUCCCCUUCUUCCUUUCUGUUUCCUUCAUGGACACUUCCCUUCACUGAACAUGUGUCUCAGUUUCUGAAUGACAAAGUUAUACCCCCCACUUGCUGACUUGUGUGUGAGGGCUGAACACGUACGGAUUCGGA